AUGGCUGCCGCUACGAACCAAGACAUGGACUACAUCAUCAAGCCAGAGGCAGUCGCUCGUGACGUUUCUAGCGCUCAUUGGCCUCUUCUCCUGAAGAAUUACACUCACUUGAAUGCGAAAACCCCCCACUUCACCCCAAUUCCAGCCGGCUCUUCCCCCCUUAAGCGUGACUUGAAAUCAUACAUUAGCUCCGGUGUCAUCAAUCUCGACAAGCCUUCCAACCCUUCCAGUCACGAGGUCGUGGCUUGGAUGAAGCGUAUCCUGAGAACCGAAAAGACUGGUCACAGUGGUACCCUCGACCCCAAGGUCACUGGAUGUUUGAUUGUCUGUAUUGAUCGUGCUACUCGCCUGGUCAAGUCUCAGCAGGGUGCUGGUAAGGAAUAUGUCUGUGUCAUUCGCCUUCACGACAAGUUGCCCGGUGGUGAGGCCCAGUUCCGCCGCGCUUUGGAGGGCCUCACUGGUGCCCUGUUCCAGCGUCCCCCUCUUAUCUCUGCUGUGAAGCGCCAGCUCCGUAUUCGUACCGUUCACGAUAUCAAGCUCUGUGAGUUUGACAACGACCGCCACCUGGGUGUUUUCUGGGUCAGCUGUGAGGCUGGCACAUACAUCCGUACUCUUUGUGUACACCUGGGUUUGUUGCUGGGUGUUGGUGCCCACAUGCAGGAGCUGCGUCGUGUGCGCAGUGGAGCUAUGAAUGAGGAGGAAGGCAUGGUUACGCUGCACGAUGUCCUUGAUGCUCAGUGGGUCUACGACAACAAGCGUGAUGAGAGCCUCUUGCGCAAAGUUAUCAACCCUCUUGAGAGCCUUCUCCUUACUUACAAGCGUAUUGUUGUGAAGGACAGUGCUGUUAAUGCUGUUUGCUACGGUGCUAAGUUGAUGAUUCCUGGUCUUCUGCGUUAUGAGGAUAACAUUGAAGUUCACGAGGAGGUUGUUUUGAUGACCACUAAGGGUGAGGCUAUUGCUAUUGGCAUUGCUCAGAUGUCCACCGCCGACCUUACCACCUGUGACCAUGGUGUUGUUGCCAAGGUCAAGCGUUGCAUCAUGGAGCGCGAUCUGUACCCUCGCCGGUGGGGUCUGGGCCCAGUUGCCCUUGAGAAGAAGAAGCUCAAGUCUGCUGGCCAGCUGGACAAAUUCGGUCGCACCAACGAGGCUACUCCUGCUAAGUGGAAGAAUGACUACAAGGACUACAGUGUAGUUGAGGAAGUCGAAGAAGCUGCCGCCCCUACUCCCGUUGUUACCCCUGCUAAGGAAGUGGCCGUCAAGGAUGUGAUCGAGACUCCCGCCGACGACGACAAGAAGAAGCGCAAGCACGAUGGCGAGACUGCCGAGGAGAAGGCCGAGCGCAAGCGCAAGAAGAAGGAGAAGAAGGAAAAGAAAGAGCGCCGAAAGUCCAAGGCUGAUGACAGCGAUGACAGCGACUAG